AUGGCCGGUUACAUCCGAAACGAUAUCUAUUUUGAUAUAAUGCGAGCAUUGCAGGGAAUCGGACCAGCCGCAGUUUUACCAAAUGGCAUUGCUCUCCUGGCCCGAACAUAUGCUGCGGGUCGCCGAAAAUCACUUGUUUUUUCAAUGUUCGGGGCAACAGCUCCGGCUGGUUUUGUCGUAGGUGCUCUGUUCUCAAGUAUAUUCGCACAAUUGUCUUGGUGGCCAUGGAGUCAAUGGACACUAGCCAUUGUUUGCGUCACUCUUGCCCUAAUGGCUUAUUUUGUCAUUCCUGCCGAAGUGUCAUCUGCCGUUCAUCCGAUGGGUAAAAUAGAUAUUCUCGGUGCUGUGACUAUCGUUGCCGGCCUCGUUCUCAUCGUUUAUAGCUGGAAUCAAGGACCGGUUGUUGGUUGGAAUAAACCGUAUGUCUUCGUUCUACUAAUUGUUGGUUUUCUCAUCGUCGGUGCGUUUAUCUUUAUUGAAACGAAAGUCGAAGAGCCCAUUAUGCCGCCAUCUAUUUGGUCGGUGUCCGGCUUUCCCGGUGUCAUACUGUGCGUUGGCCUUGGUUGGUCCAGUUUCGGUAUUUGGAUGUUUUAUUUAGUUCAGUUUAUCGAAGUUCUUCGGGAUAAGUCUCCCUUGUUAGUUACAGCCAUGCUUACGCCCUUGAUCCCUGGUGGUCUCACAGCUACCAUUCUCGUUUCUCAAUUGUACCACCGAGUCGCCGGGCACCAUUUACUCAUGGCUUCGAUGGUUUUCUUUUGUGUCGGCAAUAUUCUCAUAGCCACAGCUCCUGUGGAUCAAACCUACUGGGCACAGACAUUUGUUGCCGUGCUUCUCACUCCAUUCGGUAUGGACAUUAGUUUUCCGGCAGCAUCACUUAUUGUGAGUAAUUCAAUGCCGUCAUCUCAACAGGGUGUAGCCGCGAGUAUGAUUAACACAGUGAUUAAUCUAUCUGUAUCGAUGGGUUUGGGCAUUGCAGGAACGGUGGAGAGCCAAAUAAAUAAAAGUGGAAAUGACGUGUUAAGAGGAUAUCGAAGUGCACUGUAUACCGGGAUCGGACUCAGUGGUUUGGGAAUAAUAGUAGCACUUUUAUUUUGUCGAGUACCCGUAGUCGUCCCGGCUGAUGAGAAAAAGGAGUUGGAUGGAGUGGCAGUUUCCUCAGCGAUGGCUGGAUCAGAGAUAGCCAUGACUGGUGGUGAGAGUAAUUUACCUAAGAGUGAAGGACUGGAGCUAUCAAGAAUUGAACAAUCAGAACAGAAGCUAAACUCGUAUCACAAUUUAACAGAAGUUGAUAUAUAG